UCUAAAUGAAACAUGAAGAAUCAAACCAUUUCUUACUUUCUGCUGCUGGAAUUCUCACAAAAUCGGCAUAUGCAGCUUUUGCAUUUCUUCUUCUUCUUUGUGUUAUAUUUGGCAACUGUAACAACAAAUUUUAUCAUCAUCUCUGCAGUAUUUUUAGACCAUCGCCUGCACAACCCGAUGUACUUCUUUCUCAUGAAUUUAGCUCUGCAGGACAUGGGCAUUGUUUCAGUCAUUGUCCCAAAAUCCAUGAUAAAUUCUCUCAUGGGUACCAGACACAUCUCUUAUGUUGGCUGCAUUGUUCAAAUCUUUCUCUUUCUCUCCUUUGAAGCUUCUGAUUUUUUCCUCCUGACAGUCAUGGCAUAUGAUCGGUAUGUUGCCAUUUGCCAUCCACUACACUAUCAAAUGGUGAUGAAUUGGAAAAACUGUGCUGAAAUAAUAAUUCUAGUGUGGGUUGCAGGUCUUCUCUGUGGAAUGUUGCAUACCACUGGCACUUUUACAAUCCUGUUUUGUUCUAAUGUUGUCAACCAAUUUUUCUGUGAAAUUCCUCAAUUGUUAAAACUAUCCUGCUCUCGUUUCAAUUGUCUUGAGGUUGGUGUUCUUGUGGCCAGUGUUGUUGUUGGACUAGGUUGUUUUAUUUUUGUUAUUGUGUCAUAUGCCACAAUCUUCAAGGCAGUGUUAAGAAUCCCUUCUGAACAAGGGAGAAAAAAAGCCUUAUCCACUUGUAUUCCCCACCUUAUAGUAGUAUCUAUGUUAUUAAUAACUGGAUGGUUUGCCUAUAUGAGACCUCCAUCUAACACUCCAUCUUACUUCGAUUUUGGGUUGACUGUUCUGUACUCCCUUCUUCCACCCCUGUUCAAUCCAAUCAUCUAUAGCAUGAGAAAUAAGAAUAUCAAAUUUGUCCUUUCUAAACUGUGGAGAUUUGAAAAAUUCUUUUAA